UAAACAAUGACCUUGUUUAGUCUUCGAUGGAAGUUUUGUCUCCUUUGCUCACUUUUAGCUUUGUCAGCUUACUGCGAAAAGAAGCCCAGUAAUCGAACAUAUAACGUUUGUAGGUUUGUACGGGAGGGGCAAAGAUGCGAUUACAAAAAGUUUGAUUCAAGCGGAGAUGAACCAUGCGUUAUCGGAAGGAAGGCUGGUUUGACAAGAAUAAAUGGCGUUAAAGUUGGUCACGUUGAAGAUGUUGAUCUUGGUGAUAUUGUGAGAAAGCGGAUUACAAAAGCUAUGAGGCCUCUUUUGUUUGAAAUUCCCAAUUUUCUGUCUGAGGAAGAGUGUGGCCACAUGGUUAAUCUUGCGGAAAGAGAACGCUUUGUUACCAGUACAGCUAAGGGAGGACUACAGUCCUGGAGUGAAUUUGAAAUCCCUGACAUCAGAAGUAAGAUACGAGCCAGUGAUUUCAAAGGGAACAGAGGAGUUGCAUUUGACUGUAUUUUUAGCUAAACUCACCGUGCAACUGCAAUGUAACUUGACCUUAUUGAUAACUGAUGC